AUGAGUGACAAAGUCAAUUCGCAUCCAAGUAUGGAGUCCAUGAUCAAGCUAAAGUCAUCAGACGGUAGAGUCUAUGAAAUUCGGCGAGAUUUGCUAAAGUCUAUGGGAACAAUCGAAGAGAUGAUUCAAAACUUCGACGAGAAUUUUGGUGGUGAAAUUCUGCUUCGCGAAGUCGAUUCAGAUAUGCUGGAAAAAGUGGUGGAUUGGGCCAAAAAUUAUAAUAAAAGUACCAACAAAGCCAAAUUGAAUUUUAUUAAAAAUAAUAAAAAGGAUUUGUACAGUCUCAUCAAUAUUGCAAACUAUUUGGAUUUCAAGGAUUUAAUGAACAACUUGUGCGAAUACGUUGCCGAUCAGAUGAAAGACAAAAGCGUUGAUGAAAUUCGCAAACAGUUUAAUAUGACCGAGAGAAAAUUCAAAACCCGAACAAGUCUGCAAAACAACAAUAACGAAUAA